AUGGCAGUUGCAACUGAUGUCGCGGCAAUCUGGCACUACGCCUCGCUUGCAUUUUGGUACUGGGUCUACGCCGUCGCUGCGAUCGUCGGGUUCUCCAUCCUGAGGCUCAUCUACAAUGUCUCCCCCUUUCAUCCCCUGGCCAAGUAUCCCGGGCCGCUCCUCUGGCGGGCAACUCGCCUGGCCGCCUCGUGGCAUCAAGCGCACGGCGACCUGUACAAGUGCAUCGACGCCAUCCACAGCCAGUAUGGCCCGACCGUCCGGAUUGCUCCGGACGAGCUGUCCUUCGCCAGUCCGGAAGCGUGGCCGCAGAUCUACAACACUCGGCCCCAGCUGCAGAAGACCGAGUUCCACUUCGGACGAGCCGACGAGCGCAAGCUGCCCGAGAGCCUCAUCAUGGCCAGCGACACCGAACACGCGCGGCUGAGGCGUCUGGCCAACCCGGCCUUCCUCACUGCCGGGAUCCUGGAAGUCGAGCCCGUGAUGCAGCACUACGUCGAUGUGCUGUGCGGUCAGCUCCACGAGGCCUGCCAUGCAGGAUCACAGAACAUGGUGCAAUGGUUCCUCUGGACGCUCAACGACGUGGUCGGCAAACUCGCGCUCGAUCAAGAAUUCGAAUGCCUGAAGCUGCGGCGGAUGCACCCGUGGCCCAAGUUCCUGCUCCGCGGUCUCAAGAACGUUGCCAUCUUCAACCAGUUCCGCCGAUUCGGCAUCACCGAGAGAAUGCUAAUACCACUGCUGUCAAAAAAGCAACUCGAAGAGCGGGACAACUUCUUUAACGAGGCCGUCAGCGCGGUGAACCAACGACUUGCCCGUGAAAAAUUGGAAAAGACAGACGACGAGGAAAGGCAGGACAAGAAAAACCCGGAUAUCGUAGGCCUCAUGUUGCGCGAGAUGAAGGAUGGCAAUCGCCUGACCGAAAAGGAAGUCACUGCCAAUUCGAUCCUCAUCGUUGGCGGAGGAGCCGAGACGACGAGUUCAUGUUUGAGCGGAACCUUCUACCAUCUGCUCAAGACGCCGAGGGUCCUGAAGAAGCUCCAGCAGGAGAUUCGAUCGAGCUUCGCAAGUGCCGAGGAGAUCACUAUCAGAGCGACGUCGAAUCUGCCUUACCUGAAGGCGACUGUGGAUGAGUCGCUCCGAAUCUUCCCAAUCGCUAGCUACAUCACCCCUCGAACGACACCGAAAGGAGGGCAUAUGAUCGCGGGAGAUCACAUUCCGGGUGGCAAGCCAUUCAAAAGCUGGGGCUUGAAUGCUAAUGCCGAACCAGGACAGUGGCACAUGGGACGAUCAGGUCGGCUGUUUGACAAUCCCAAAGAGUUCAGACCGGAGAGGUGGCUUGAUGAACUGGACAUAAAAGGACCGGCAAACCUGCGACCUGAUGAGAUACUGAAGCCAUUCAGCCUUGGUCCUAGGAACUGCAUUGGCAAACAGCAAGUUCGACCUGCUCACACGCGAUUCAUUGCAAAAUUGCUGUGGCAUUUCGACAUGGAGCUCGAUGGAGAUCAUUCAACGUGGGUGGAAGACGCUCGGUUCUAUGUUCUUUGGGAGCUUCAGCCGCUCAACAUCAAGCUGACGCCGGUCAAGAGAUGA